AUGCAACUGAGUCCGCUGGGAUCGCGACUUGCGGCCUCGCUCGCAGGGCUGCUUGUUGUUUUGAUCUUGUAUAUCCUUCUCUUCGCACCCAGCGCAGCGUUUGCGCUGGAGCUUGUGGCGCCCUCUGUAUCCGACCUGACGGGGCCAGUAGAGCUUCUGCAGCUGGGCGCUGAGUCGCAAUACGACUAUGAGCCCGAGUUUGCUCUGUUUGAUCGGGGGAUUCUGGGACGAGCGCCUGCGGAUGCGACACCCCUGGUGAACAAUGUGCCGAUCCCGAUGAACCUUCAGCCAGGCGCAUCUGCCUGUUAUGUGGUGAACAAGAAUAGAGAUGCAGACUCACACAGGCGUCGCGACGACGAUGACGAAGACGACGACGACGACAACAAGACACCAAGUGGUAACCAAGGCAGUGGUGGUUCUCAAAGGGUGCUCUACCUGUCGGCAAAUACCUGCCUUCAACCACAGAGCGCUUCGAAUCGGACAUCAGUACCUCCGCAGCUUCAUAUCUACAUAUCUACUUCCAGCAAGGAUGGGUGUCCUGAUGUGACCAAACCUCCCGCUGGAGUUCAAUCAAAGGGUUUUGUGGAAGGCGCUGUCAUGUACGGUUUGAAUGCAACGGACGACGUGUAUGUGACGAUUGCGGCUCCAAACGUCACGAAGGAUUUCCAGGGCAUUUACAAUUUUGAGAUUGCGGCAUCGGUUGAUGACUACUAUUAUCAAUAUAAUGAUGCGGACGGGCAGCUACUGUGGAUGGACAGCGACGCAACAUCAGCCCUGCUGCAGACGGCGCCAUUGACAAGCAACGUGAAUCAGAUUCCAUCCAUUAUGGGGGCCGGCCCACAGUAUGAAAUGUACGUUCAAGGGGACAAGGCGCCGAUUCUCAACGGGCUUAUGCGCUCAGCCUGCGGGCUGAAUAAUGCCGCCCAAAUCGCGUCAAAAAGACUGGACAAUGGACAGAUGAACAAUAAUGAAUUGGUCCGAAGCAAAUUAUACGACAAGGGCCCGGGUGGUUGGCCAAGACAGCAAUUCUAUUUUGAAGGACUCAAUUCCAGCUCGUCUUACUCUGGUAUCUUGUUGAUACCGGGAAAUAAAACAACCGGUUCGAAGAGACAAAGCUCGGGUGUGGUUGGGGGCGGUGGCACAGUCUUUCCGCCUACUUCCUUUGACACUUCAAAAGGGACAAACUGCAAUCUAAUCACUGAUCUUGACUUUUGUGACGACGUGCAAUGGGCAGCUCCCGGCAAUACCAAGUAUAACAACACGGAGCUGGGCAAUCUCUACGAUAACUUUGCGAAAACGAUGUAUGGCAAUUUCCAAAAUGCCAUGAUGCAAAUUCCAUGCGAAGCGCCGUCUACGCAGCGGUACUCGCUGGCAGCCAACUGUAGCAACUGCACGGUUGCGUAUAAACAGUGGCUUUGUGCUGUGGCUAUACCCCGUUGUGAGGAUUUCUCGACUGUGAACAACUACACAAUUCCUCGAAACGUGGCUCAAGCCUUUCCUAACGGCACCUUCCUCCCAGACGAGCUGAGGCAGCAGCUCAUGCAGACACCGGCUUUCAACUCGUCUCGGAAUGCCUUUAUAGAUGAAGUGAUUGCGCCAGGCCCUUACAAAGAGAUCUUGCCUUGUGCCGACCUUUGUUAUGGGGUCGUCCAGGGUUGCCCGGCGGCCAUGGGUUUUGGAUGUCCACUGGCGCAUCAUGGAAUUGGAUUCAACCUGAGCUACGGUUUACGCGAUCCUGACGGCAAAGCAGUGACUUGCAAUUAUCCAGGAGAGCCUAGAACUAUUGUUAGUGCAGCAAAGGCAAUUACGCCUAGUAUGAUGCUCCUCGUGAGUUUUGUUGUUCUCGGCUCAGGUUUGUUACUAUGAUGGAACGAUCAUUGAAUAAAGAUAGAGAUGGAGGUGUAUAGACAGACGCAUAAGAAACAGCGAGAGCGAAAGAGAAAGGAAAGUCAUGCUAUAUGCAAGGCGUUUAUGGUUAGCGUUUGUGGCUUUGAAGGGCUGGCUUGAUUUGAUUUCUCCGAAAAAGAAAGCGGCGCAUGGCGUUUUACAGGCUGAGUAAUUUACAUAUAUUAUGGAUAGAGGAGCUGACGACAAAGGCCAAAGUUUGAAGGUUCAAUUGUUCCUUUUGAAUAGAUGUUGGAACAUUGGUUAAGGAGUUGAUUAUACAUUUAAAAUUGGCAUGGCAUCGAGGUAUAGAGCGGAAUACAAGUAUUUGUAUGCAUGG